GUCUUUUUCCUUUUAAAGUGGAACGGAUAAUAGAUAAUAAUAAUUAAAAAGCCAACUUUAGCUCGGAUGUGAGAGAUGAACAGAGUCACAAUAGUCCUGCAGGUGGCGCUCUGAACGCGCCGCACGUGCAGCGCUCACGAGCGCCUCUGGGGUUUUUUUUUUAGCAGGUUUGCUGUCAGUCGUUUGGCUCAAGUAAAUACGUGGGAAUAAAUCUCUUCAUAGAUUUUUAAGUAAUUUAAAUUCAUUUAACAUUAUCAACUAGUGUAGUGCAAGUCUAAGUAGUAAGCUGACUAAUUAUCUAAUUGUGUAGCUACUAUUGACCACAGUGUUGAUGAAUAUUGACGUUACUGAAAAAAUGAAGUGUGUAAUUGAAGGAAAUGGUGUGAAAGUUUUUGGAAAGGCAGUUCAUGCUCUGUCACGUAUCGGUGAUGAUAUUUGGUUGGACCCACUGGAGAAAGGGCUGGCUGUGAGGACAGUAAACCAGACCCAUUCGGCCUAUGCAUGUUUCCUCUUCUCUCGCAUGUUCUUCCGGAAUUAUACCUCAGGUUCAGACCAGCGACAGGAAUAUAAGUCUGCAAAAUGCAAAGUAUCCUUAAAGUCGGUGCUGCCCCUCUUUCGCAGCAUCUCUACAUUAGAGCGCAGUGUGUACAGAUGUGAGAUAACUAUCAACAUCUUCGACCACAGGGUGGUAUUCCAGUUUAAGUGCAGGAAUGGAAUAACCAAGACGCACAACUUGGGGUACCAAGAAUGUGAAGCACUGCAAGCAGUUUUUCCAGCUCACUUGUGUCCCAACAUUCUAAAGGCACAUCCAAAACUUCUCAGUGACAUCAUGGUGCACUUCCCUGUCUCACAAGAGGAAAUAACACUAUCCAUUUCACCCACAAGAAUGAUACUGAAGAAUUAUUUUGAUGAGGACAAUGAUCGCAUCAUGUAUACAGAGAUGUUUCUACAUCCUGAUGAGUUUGACUACUUCCAUCUCAAAGUGGACUCAGAUAUAACCUUAUGUCUCAAAGAACUGAGGGGCUUGCUGACAUUUGCAGAGUCUCACGGCCUACAAGUGUCUGUCCACUUUGGUUCAUCUGGAAAUCCUGUGUCGUUCAGUUUGGAGGAUAUGUUGCUGGAGGCUGUAGUAGUAUUGGCUACACUAGUGGAUCCAGGCAAUGAGAAUCCAUCCCAGGUGUCUGUUGCCCAGGAAGUUGCAGCACACAGUUUAGUGGGUGUUUCACUAAUUGAAGGUCCAGCAACUGUAGAGGCUACUAAUGUAACAGUCAACCAUCCAGUCCAUUCAGCUGGGGAGCAGGUGGCUUCUAGCCAGGGAAGUCCAUUCUUCAGACCAACUUUCCAUGUGACGAAGCUUAUGCAACUUGUUGGGGGAGGAGAGGAUUUCACUAAAUCCAGAUCUUUGAAUGAAAUAAGUUCUGGAUCUGCUUUGUCCACAGCAGUAACACCAGCCACUUUUAAGAUCUGUUCCCUGCUUUUUGGGGCUGUAACAAAUGAUCAGGAGGAAACCAUUAAAUCCAACCUACCCAGUUUGGUGUACGCCAGUGACACUGAGGAUGAUGCUAGAGACAGUGAUGGCAAAAAGGAAGAGUAAAUUAGAUUUAAACACACCAAGGGACAUGUGUAGAGGUGCCAGGGGAGACUACAUUUAUAUGUUUUUGAAAAUGAUUUGCAGAGUGAUAGUUUGUGAUAUGUAAUUGUGUGUUUACUACUUUUAAAGUUUAUUUCUAUGGAAAUAUGUAUAGAUAGUUUAUAUAUUAUCUUGGAAAAAAGUCUUAUAAAUGGAAAACAUGAAUAAAGUCAGCAUUGGAGGUGUGAUAUUAGCAAGUGUCACAUUUUGUCCUAAGAAAGCAGAAUCUAAACAGUUAUCUCAGUACUAGUUCCAAGCCUGGAUAAAAUGGGAGGGUUGCGUCAGGAAAGGCAUCCAACAUAAAACCUGUGCCAAAUCAUGACAUUUGGCUCGGAUGAUCCACUGUGGUGACCAUAACCAGAAGAUGAGGGUCAACAACAAUAAGAGUGACAUCAAGUACAUGUAAAUACACAGCACAACAGUGGACUUCACCUUAGAGAAAUCAAGUGUCUUAGAUGGACAAAACCUCACACAGCUAGAAAAAUAGAUCUUUAUUAGCUAAUAUGACACACCGCUUCCUAAUGCAUUCAUAGGCACUAGCAUUUACCCUGUGCAUUAACAGUGUACACCUCAAAGAAUAUUUAAAAAUAUAAUUACAAAAAUGCUUAGAAGGAAACAUUUUAACACACUACAUUUAUAAAAUAUAAGUUACAUUCAUAUACAAGAGUAUGUUUCUUAGUGCAUACACAGAUAUACAGCAAGUUUGUAUUUACUUUUUACAUACAGUAUGUCAUUGAAGUCCACACACACAAAAGCAUGUGAACUUUCAUAGUGGUUAACAGAGCAUAAAAAGUUCUUUUGCCCACUCAUAUGAUAAGACCUUGCAGUCUCGCACUGUUACAGUUUUUCUCAACUGCUUUCAGUCAUUUCUCACAACAGAACUGCAUUUCUCAAAACUACUCUAUUCCACCGUCAGAUCCUGUUGUCAGUUUUUCACAUCAUAUCAGCAAUGUCUUGUUGUUUUCAUCAAAUUGCAAUUGCAUUUGGACAACAUGCAAAUGGUUCUGUACAUCUGUCAGCCGCUUUUGACAAUCUUUGUGCUUUUGUCCUGCUGUGCAAAAUAACUUCUCCUGGUUCUCAGCUGAAAUGUCACAACCACCAAACCAAUUAGUCUUUUUCUCAGGUUGGAAGUCUGUACUAUCAAAAUGAGUGAACAUGUUCUCAGAAUUGUAUGUCUGUACAGAUUUCUACAAAUUGUGAGUACAUGUUUGUUAAGAAAUAUGUCCAGAAUUGAGAAAUUGCUCUCAGGUGAGUCUUCACCUUUGUUAACAAAGAGAAAUAUGUGCAACUCUAAAUUAACCAAUGAUCAACCAGUUGUGUGAAAUAGAGGUGCAACUCAUGAAGACUGAUUUGGCUGGGUCACAUAUAUAUAUACAGUGCACAACACAAGUGUUCCCCUUUCUGAUAAUGGAAGCUGAAGGAAGAAGAGGAGGAUUAAGACUGCGUGGUGGAAGAGUACAGAGACACAACAGAGGAAGGGGUAUAAGAUGCCAAAGAUACACAGAGAUUCCAGAUGAAAUCAGGGCCACACUGGUGGAUCACGUUAUCAAUCAUGGCCUUACAAUGGAAGAUGAAGACAAAUGUUGGAAGAACUGUGUCAUCAAUAAUUCAAUCAUUUCAUAGAGAGAACAGGUAUGUAAUGUACUGUAAAGUCUUACAUUAUAAUGUAUAAUAUAGACUUACUGUUACAUAUAUUGUAACACACCUUAGGUUAUCCAUGCAUAUAGUAUUCUUAGUUAUUUACUGUAUGAUUCAAAAUCCUGUGAUCCUAAUACUACUAUAAUUUACAAUAUAUUUUGUCAUGUAGGACUACAAGACAACCUCACAGGGGUGGCAGAGGGCCUCUUUUCACACCUCAGCAGGAGGAAGCUAUUUGCAACAUGGUUAUGUCUAACAAUGCCAUAAGAGUGAAGGGAGAUACAAAGUGCUAUUGUUGAAGACGACGGUAUCUUUGAAAAUAUACAAUCUGCUGAUUGAAUUCCUUCCACCCUACUCCCUGUUCCUGAACCCAAUUGAAGAGUUUUUCUCGGCUUGGAGGUGGAAGGUUUAUGAUCAUCAGCCACAUAUGCUGAUGACACUGCUGGCUGCCAUGGAUGCAGCAUGUGAGGACAUCUCAGCAGAUGCAUGCAGAGGCUGGAUUAGGCACUCAAGAAGAUUCUUUCCACCAUGCAUAGCAAGGGAAAAUAUAUGUUGUGAUGUGAAUGAGAAUCUGUGGCCCAACACACAGGACCGACAUGAUGCAUAGGAAAACUGCCACAUAAUUUCACCUUUACCUUCUGUUGUACAUGUAUUAGUUUUUCCCACUUUGUCUUUUUCAGGUUUCCAUUUGUUGGUAAAUAGCCUAUGUGUAGUUUCCUUUGUUUUCUGUAUGCAAGUACCACUAUUGACAGUACAGUAAAAAUGUGUAUACAGUCUGAUCUUUUGUUUCGGUUCUUCCAUGACGUGGGUCGAUGUUGAUUGGUUAGAUGGAAUCAAUCAGAAAAAUUAUCUAUUCAUACCAUGUAAAUUACUUUAACACCUGGUUGAUGCACAAUGGUUUGCAAGAGUAAUGCAAAUGAGACAUGGGAUUCUGCUGUCGCUGACACAAUGAUUGAUGAAAAAACACGCUUUUGCACGAUAGACAAAGCAUUUUGUGCAGGUGACGCGUAUUUUCCGGUUAUCCACUAUGUUGUGCAGUUUGUACGUGUUGCUUUGAGAAAUGCACUUGGAGAUCUGCAAACUUCAAUUCUGAUCUGAGAAAUGACUGAAAGCAGUUGAAAAAAAAAAUGUAAUACAUAUUAACCACACGGAGUGGAAAAAUUGAAAAACAAGCAAGCAAAUAAACAAACAAAAAUAAAA